UAAGAACAUCUUGAACCACACCACACCAGUCUCUCAUGGAUAUGGUCCAUUCUCCUCCACUCCCAAGGAUGCUUCCAGAGUUCUCCAUGUGUUUCCAAGAAGAGCGAAAAAUGUACACGUCUCUGGUGUAGCCCUGCAGCCCACCACAUACUUCCAAGACAUGCUUUCAAACACAUCUUCAGUGUUGUUGUCAUUCGAAGACGUGGCUGUGGACUUCACCCAGGAGGAAUGGCAGCACAUGAACAAUGCUCAGAAAACUCUGUACAAGGAUGUGAUGCUUGAAACCUAUAGCCAUCUGCUGUCCUUGGGGUUCUGCAUUGCAAAGCCUGAUGUGAUCUUCAAGUUGGAACAAGAAUCAGUGCAUCGGACAGGGGAAAACUCUGUAAACCAGGGUGUUCCAGAGUCCUACAAAAAGAAUGAGCUCCUUGAAGCUAAUCAGGAAAGUAAAGAAAUAAUUUUCAGGCAAGUUGUAAACACAGAAAGUAUAUAAUAACUCAAAAAGGAGUCGCAUUACAUAGAUGCCUAAUU